CAGACAGACGGUCACGUACUGUGUCUUUUUUCUUGUCCUCCUGCAAGAUAGAUUGACAGGUUAUUGUUAUUGCUCAACUAAUGAUGCUUUUUUGGAAACCCUGGUAUAAAGUUACCACUACGGCAAUAGUUCGAUUAAGCAAGAGAAUCUACUGCCAAAUGGCAAAUACAAACCACUCAUAUUGAAACCGAAAGUACGUCCGGAAGUUUUGUUUUGAAAGGUCCAGACAAAGAGGGCAGCGGGAGGAGAACACGGGAUAUACUACUACUAAGACCAGUCCGGGUAAAGCGAUGUCGGCCAUCAAACGUAGACGCUCGAGUCUCCCCGAGGAAGACCUCACCUGCCCCGUCUGCUGUGACAUCUUCCACGACCCCGUGAUUCAGCAGUGCAGUCACAGCAUCUGCAAAGGCUGCCUGCACAAGUACUGGGACAUCAAGAAGUGUAGAGAGUGUCCGGUGUGUAGGCACAAGUCACCCAAGGGUGAGCUGCCGAGAAACUUGGCUUUGAAAAACCUAUGCGAUGCCUUCCUCAAGGUAGGUUCCAACGAAGACGCCAGUGAACUAUGCAGCCUGCACGGCGAAAGUUUCAAGCUCUUCUGCGUGGAUGACAAGGAGCCCGUGUGCGUGGUUUGCCAGACCUCACGGGCACACAAGGAUCAUAUGCUUUGCCCUAUUAGUGAGGCUGUCAUCGAUUACAAGGAGGAGCUCAACACAGCACUGUCACCAUUGCAGGAGAGGCUAACACUUUUACAGGAUGUGAAGAAAACCUAUGAUCAAACCAGUCGAGUCAUCAAGAGCCAGGCCCAGCUGACGGAGGGCCAGAUCAAGGAGGAGUUCAAGAGGCUCCGUAAGCACCUCCAGGAGGAGGAGAGCAGCAGGGUGGAGGCGCUGAGGGCAGAGGAGAGGAGGAAGACGGACGCCAUCAGCAAGAAGACCCAGGAACUCAGCGCGGAGAUCAAGACGGUCUCCGACACCAUACAGGCCAUCAAGGAGGAGCUGAAACAGGAUGACGUGGCGUUUGUGCAGAACUUUAAGACUACCCUGAAAAAGACCAAGUGUUCCUCGAAGGUCCCGGAGAUGUUUCCAGAUGCUCUACUGGAUGUAGCAAACCACCUGGGGAACCUCGGCUUUAAGGUCUGGAAGAAGAUGCAAGACAUCAUUGAAUACGCGCCGGUGAUCCUGGACCCCAACACGGCCGGGCCUCACCUGGUGAUGACCAAGGAGCUGACCAGUGUGAUAUACAGCGACGACGCGGGAGAUGUGCCGGACAACCUGGAGCGUUUCGACUUCUACCACUGUGUGCUGGGCAAGGAGGGCUUCGACUCGGGCCGCCACCACUGGGACGUGGAGGUGGGGGACAACUCUCUCUGGUACCUGGGCAUCAUCAACGAGUCCAACUGCCACAAGGGCCAGGCCAUCUGGAACGGUGUGUGGAGCCUGUGGUAUGCGAUGGGAGAGUACAAGAUCCAGUCCCCCCAGCAGGUGCCCACCACGUUGGCCGUGGCUCCGCACGUGCGCAGGCUGCGGGUGACGCUGGACUGGGACCGAGGGGAAGUGUCCUUCCACGACGCCCUCAUGGACACCUGCCUGUGCAGCAUGACGCACACCUUCACAGAGAAGGUCUUUCCCUUCUUCUACAACUUCUGCGUACGGGCUCCACUCCAGGUGGUGACGGAGAAGCCAGUUGUAGUGGUGGAUUAGCCCAGUGGUUCCCAAACUGGGGGUCGUGACCCUUAAGGGGGUCGCAGAGGGACACAUAGGAGGUGAAGCGAGCAAGGUGAAGAGAGGCAAAAUUCAUUGGCAGCUCAACCGUCAUCAGGUCGUCGUGGCGAAUCAAAUGGAAUGUCACAGUUAUAUUGUUGAUUUGGUUGGACCGCUGCAGGCGAAUUCCCUCCUCAUUUGCAUAACAUUAAACUUGGUUUAAUGAUUUCGCUUCGCUCCUGUUCGCUUGCCUUCGCCUCUCUCAUAGGAAUGAAUGGCGAAGUUCGCUUCGCUUGGCCAAAUUCUCGUCUAUGUGUCCCUACCGUAAGAGAGAGAGAGAGAGAGAGAGAGAGAGAGAGAGAGAGAGAGAGAGAGAGAGAGAGAGAGAGAGAGAGAGAGAGAGAAACAGGCAAAGAGACAGAGGGGAAGAGAGAGACUGUAUAAUAAUAAUAAUGAAUACUGUGUAAUGAAUACUAUACACAUAUAUUUUUUUGUUUCGUUAACUACCUUCAGUCUUCAAUUGUUACCACUUUAGUAUGGCACUUUUAUACACCAAAUAUUUGCCUUGAACUUAAUGUUGCUGUAUAAAUUAUGUAUUGUUCUGUAAUUAAAAAUAACUGUUUUGAA